AUGGAUGCGAGUCACUUAAAAUGGCUACAGGGCAUGGCACUGGUGGUGGCCGUGGCUUUAAUCUGGAUAUCCGCGAGCUACAUAGUGCAGGCUGUGGUGGAAGAUGGCCUGGCGCCCUUUAUACUCACAUACAUCUGCAACUCGUUAUUCGUGCUCUACAUCCCCGUUGUAGAGCUCUGGUGGUACCUCUUCGGAAAGGACGAGCCUGGAAGUGGUUCGUCCAAAAGCAAAACGGGCAGCAGAAAGGGCGAUCCAGAAGGCCGUUUUGGCGGGAAAAGCAGUAGCAAGAACAAUGAGGGUGGUGGUAACUUUGUAACUGGUAACAGUACGAGGAAGAAGAAGAAGAAAAGGGAGGACGGGGUGGGAGAUGAGGAAGAAAGAGGGUUGUUGGUCGAAGGGGAGAAGGCGAGGGGAUCUGGGGAUACUGAAGAGGAGGGGAACGUUGGGGGGGUGAUGGGGGAAGAAAGGAGAGGGGAGAAGGGAAAAGGCGCUCAGGGAGGGAUGCUGGGGGUAGUGCACGGGCGAGUAGAGGGGGGUGGGUUGGAGGAGCAGAGAGAGGAGGGUGAGAAGGGGAAGCAUGGGGAGCAGAGGGAGCAGGGGGAGCAGGGGGAGCAGGAGAAACAGGAGAAGGAGGCGCGGGGGGAGCGGGAGGAGCAGGGGCAGCAGGGGCAGGGGGGGCAGCAGGGAGCGCAGGGACAAGGGGAAUUAGUGGAGGCAGUCGAAUGGCGAGGUAGAGAAACACGGGAGGCAGCAGCGGAGCUGAUUAUAGAGGGGAUAGAGCCAGGGCAAGGGGGGUUAGAGGCAGCACAAGAGGUGAAGGGCUUAGGGGAGAUGGGAGAAGGAGUGGAGAGAAGAGGGGUUUACCAGGAACGGCCGAGUACUGCUGAGCUUCUAGGGCAUAUAGAAGUGGAUGAUUUGACUCAGGGUGUGACUAUAAAGGGGGAAGGAAGUCAAGUAGAAGGGAUUUUGCUGCACAGUGGUAUUCCAGCUCAUGCUGACGUGGACAGGAGGGCUCAUGAGCUGGCAACCAGUCUCUCGCUUCACACUGCACUGACUCAAUCCGCCAGCAAGGAGUCUGUCCAAUCCAAUUCGUCCACGUCAGCAGAAAUUCUCGCCUCCCCCUCCUUCCGCCACUGGGGCGCCUCAAAAGUGAGUCCCAUGGGGUAUCUUCACUUCCCCCCUCUUGCUGAGACGUCUUUUGAGGCGCCUCAAAAUCCCAUGGGGUAUCUUCACUUCCCCCCUCUUGCUGAGACGUCUUUUGAGGCGCCUCAAAAUCCUCCCAUGGGGUAUCUUCACUUCCCCCCUCUUGCGGAGUCCCACCAUCUGCCCGAUGUUGUUCCUCCCUUGCCCAGAUCACCUUCGAUUGCUCACACCAGUGUCACUCUACACGUCAAGCCUCUUCACCUUUGCUCUCUCCGUCCCUCCUUCACGAGCGCUUCUUUCUCCUCUCAGCUGUAUCCUUCCCUCCUUUCCCCUCCCCUCCCCUCCUCCCUGCUCCCUCCACCCCCACUCCCCUCUCUCUCCCCCGCUUCCCCUCCAGUCCAACACCAUUCUCAGCUGCACGUCAAGCCUCUUCACCUUUGCUCUCUCCGUCCCUCCUUCACGAGCGCUUCUUUCUCCUCUCAGCUGUAUCCUUCCCUCCUUUCCCCUCCCCUCCUCCCCGCUCCCUCCACCCCCACUCCCCUCUCUCUCCCCCGCUUCCCCACCAGUCCAACACCAUUCUCAGCUGCACGUCAAGCCUCUUCACCUUUGCCCUCUCCGUCCCUCCUGCACGAGCGCUUCUGCCUGCGCAAGCUGCUCUCCGUGCUGCUCUGUGUGGCUCUCUGCUGUGCUUCUCGUCCAACACCAUUCUCAGCUGCACGUCAAGCCUCUUCACCUUUGCUCUCUCCGUCCCUCCUUCACGAGCGCUUCUGCCUGCGCAAGCUGCUCUCCGUGCUGCUCUGUGUGGCUUUCUGUUGUGCUGCUUGGUGCUGCACUCGGUUCCACACUUAUUCCAACACCAUUCUCAGCUGCACGUCAAGCCUCUUCACCUUUGCUCUCUCCGUCUACCUCCUUCACGAGCGCUUCUGCCUGCGCAAGCUGCUCUCCGUGCUGCUCUGUUUUGGCGCCGGUGGUGGCGGUGGUGGGAAUGCGUUUGAUGCUGCUGCGGUGGCAGAGGCGAGUGCAGCAGUUGCGAGUAACGCAAGGGAGAGUCUGUUUGGCGAUGUGCUGGUUCUCAUGUCAGCUGGUUUCUACGCUCUCUAUACCACCAUGCUUCGGUCUUUCACCCCUGCUGAAGGCGGGUUUGAGGAGAUGGGCGAGGAGGGGAUGGAGGGAGGGGAGAAGGAGGGAGUGAGAAGGGGAGGGAGCGGAGAGGAGGAGCGAGGGGAGGAGGGACGCGUGGAAUCGGGAGAAGAGGAAGGAGGAGAGGAGGAGGAAGAGGAGGAGGAGGAGGAAGAGGAGGAGGAGGAGGAGGUACCAUUCAGCACAGCGCUCAUGUUUGGGUAUCUGGGACUCUUCAACCUCUUCCUGCUGGCGCCUGUGGGGCUGCUGGUGCAGUGGGUGCGAGGGGAGUGGUUUGCCUGGCCCGACGCCUCCCAGUGGACGCUAGUCAUUGCCAAAGUGGGUGCGAGGGGAGUGGUUUGCCUGGCCCGACGCCUCCCAGUGGGCUCUAGUCAUUGCCAAAGGUACGCAUUCCUACCCUUCCCUUAG